AUGAAUUUGUAUACGAACUGGACAGAAUUCACAUCACCUUGGGAUACAAUAAUUGAUUGUAUCCUAGUCAAUCAAGGCAAUCCAAAUGCUAGUCAAACAUUAUGUAUUGCUUCAACAGCGUUUGGUAUAUUAAUGGGUUAUAUAUUUCCAUUUAUUGGAAUAUUUGAUGUAUUGAGUAAUUGUAUUGUUGCUUUCAUAUUUUUAUGGUCACUUAUUUAUUAUAAUAAACAAUUUAUCCUUUUAGGUAUGUUAGCUAUAGCAGAUAUUGGAGUUGUUAUUUGUAUUGGUUGGAUUUCAUUGUUUCCAGCAUACGGUUUACCAUUUGCUUCAUCUGGAACUAUAUAUUAUUUUACAUUGACAAGAUCAACUAUCAGUUGUAAAUUGUCAAUAUUUUUUCAAACAUUUUUUUGUACAUUACGUGGUAAUAUAUUUAUUGUCUUAGCAGUAGAUCGUUUUGUUUUAAUACAUAAACCAUUAAUUUAUAAUAAACUUUCAAAAUAUUUUAAUUGUUACAUUUUAUUCAUUGUAAUUUUAAUUACAUUAGCUAUGACAUUACCAUUCGGUAUAUUGAUUGAAUUAACACCAGUCCGUAAAUUGUCGGCAUGUUGGUUUGUCCGUGGGAAACCUUAUAUCCCUAUUCAUCAAACUUUAUUUUCAAAUACAUGUCCAAUACAAUUAUCACUUGUAACAUUGUUUGAUUCAUUCUUUGUUUUGAAAGUUAUUCAAUGGAAACGUAAACUACAACAAGUUAGUAGUACAUCAUCAUCAUCAUCGUCAUCAGAAGUGAAUAUUUCAUUUAUUAUUACUAUGCUUAUAUUACAAAUUGUAGCAUUUCUAUUCUCAUUACCUAGUAGUAUAACAUAUCUUAUUGCAUUAGUAAUCAAUUUUGAAAAUGCUAGUUCAGAAUAUGUACGUUUAUUAAUAUUAAUUAUUAAUAUGGCAUGGAAUAUGAUAUUUCUCCAGUCUUCAUUAAAUAUUUUCAUUUAUUAUUAUCGUAUUCGAAAAUUUCGUCAAAUAUUACAACAUUAUUUACAAUGUCAUUGUGAUUUAAAAUCAAUUAGUCAAACUAAUUCAAUUAUUACGACUGGAUAUAAUUGA